UCCGGUCAAAAUAAAGAACUUAUCCGGGAUAUGUAGAGCAAGAACAUGGCUCCUCCUGUAAUAGGUGAACAGCAGCGUCAGGGGAAGCAGAGCAGUGAAGGGAGUCGCUCACGAGGUCAAGGACACCAUCGCACACCAUCAAAAGGAAGCAGCAGGUCGGACUUGGUAUGUCGCAUCAAAUAUAACAACACGCUACCGGACAUCCCAUUUGAUCCCAAAUUUCUGUCCUAUCCAUUUGAGACAAACAGAUUUGUGCAAUACAAUGCUACUUCUCUGGAAAGAAAUUUCCAACACGAACUGUUGACUGAGACUGAUCUUGGCCUUCCUAUCGAUCUCAUCGAUCCUGACAUAUACAGGAGGGUCCAAAAUUCUUCCGAUGGUCUAGAUGAGGCGGAUGCUCAUCUUGUGGAAGAUGAAGUCGUGCCUCAGCCUGAGAAAAAGCGAUCGCGUCAACAUGCAAAAAACGUUUCUUGGCUUCGCAAAACAGAGUACAUAUCCACCGAGUACAAUCGCUUCCAGACAAGCAGCGAGAACUUAGAGACUAAGGUUGGCUACAAUGUAAAGAAAUUGUUUCAAGAAAAAGACGUUUACAAGGACAGAGAGAGCCAGAUGGAAGCGAUCGAAGCAACAUUUGAAGCUGCCAAAAAGCCGGUCUUGAAGCAUCACAGCAAACCGGGCGUGACUGCAAAGGAAGUCUUGCCUCUCUUUCCAGACUUCGAUAUGUGGAAAUUUCCUUUUGCUCAAGUCAUAUUCGACACGGAUCCUGCUGUCAUCGAUCGAGGAGAAAGAGACCAAGGAGACGAAAUGUCACAAGCGAUGAUAAGAGGAAUGGUGGAUGACGAGGGCGAGCAAUUUGUUGGCUACUUUCAACCGACCACUGAGACAAAGAAAAAGAGAAAGAGAGAUGCCGAAGAGGGCCUCGAAUAUACACCAUCAGAAGAAUACGAAUAUAAAAUGGUUAGAGAGUACAACUGGACAGUAAAGAACAAACUGUCCAAGGGAUAUGAAGAAAAUUACUUUUUCAUUCUUCGAGAUGGUGAGGGAGUGUUCUAUGAUGAGCUUGAGACAAGAGUUCGAUUGAGCAAGCGCCGUGCCAAGAAAGGAACUACAGGAAAUAGGUCAACGUUCCUAGCUGUGAAACACAGAGAGAUGGAACCAGAUGAACUUGCAAAUCAGGAGCUACGACUGGCACAGCUUGAACCUCCUGUAGUAGAGGAAGAGAAACAGGAGGAAAGUGUCGAGGAGGAGGAAGAACACGAGUUUGCGAUCGCCGCUCAGCAGAAGGCCGACAUUGCCGAUGUGUUCGGAAGCAGUGACGAUGAAGACGAAGACGAAGACCAGGACGGUGACACGAAACUGAGCAAAACAGCCGUAAACGUUUCAGACAUAUUCGGUGACGAUAGUUCAGACGAAUCUUAAUUCAUACAUCAACUGUAAAUCAACAAAAUAAACUCUAUCUCUUGCUAGUCUUAGAGCUUAGAUCUGAUCAGUCCCUCUUGUACGACAGUCACAGCCAGAGUACCAUCACGCUUGUACAGCCUAUCACACUCCAUAUAGAACAAAGAUGUAACAGGAAAUUCACUGUGGA